AUGGGAUCUUCCCGACUAACGAUGAAGUCGGCCCUCGGCCUGCUUUUCCUACUCUUUGCGCAAAUUUCAUCCGCCCUGAAGUUUGAUAUCGUUGCUGGAAAGGGCGAGAGAUGUAUACGCAACUUUGUCCUCAAGGACCAGCUCGUCGUUGUGACUGCAAUUGUCAGCGGCGAGAGGGGUGAUGGACAGAUGGUCAACAUGCAUAUCAAAGAUGCCCUGGGCAAUGACCACGGACGGCCGAAGGAUGUUGUUGGAGAGACUCGCCAGGCUUUCACAUCCGCCGGAGAUACUACCUUCGAUGUGUGUUUCGAGAAUGUCCUAACCUCCCGCCGUGCCGUUGCCAACCCCCACCGGGCAAUUGAGCUCGACGUCGAUAUCGGUGCCGAUGCGCGUGACUGGUCCAGCAUCCAAGCUCAAGAGAAGCUCAAGCCCGUUGAGACCGACCUCCGCCGGAUCGAAGAGAUUGUCGCUGAGAUUGUCAACGAGAUGGAAUACCUCCGCGCCCGUGAGCAGAAGCUGCGGGAUACCAACGAGAGCACGAACGAGCGUGUCAAGUGGUUCGCUUUCGGCACGAUGGGCAUGCUGAUCGGUCUUGGUGUCUGGCAGGUUAUCUACCUGCGGGCUUACUUCCGAUCCAAACAUCUCAUCUAG